AUGCCUCGAGGCCCUUACCCCUGCUUGGCCCUUCCAGUCAAACCGAGAAGUCCCGCAUUACCUCCGCAAUGGCACGAAUCCCAAAGCUUUCAGCCAACCGGAAUUAAGUUAUGCCCAUCGCUCCCGCGGCAACACGAGAGGAUUAUUGGAGGAUCAGUGGCCAGUAUCAACUCAUACCCGUUCGCAGCGUCCCUUCAGAUCACAACAAACGGUGUUCACUUCCGGCACCAAUGCGGCUCUACCAUCAUAAACAACAGGGCCAUACUCUCAGCUGCUCAUUGUUGGCCUGUUAACGCCGCUGCAAACAGAUAUCGUGUACGCGUCGGUUCGCCCAACAUAAGCAGUGGGGGGAGACAACACAAUGUGGCCCAGCUCUUCCGCCACUCUCAGUACAACCCCAGGAACCACGACAAUGACAUAGGCGUCAUCAGAGUAUCAACUGCCUUCCCGCUCGGUUCAGCCACGAUUCGCGCUGCGUCCCUUGCUGGAACUAACACCAAUGUUCCGGACAAUUCUGACGUUAUUGCUAUUGGAUGGGGAGCGACAGUUCACAAUGGACAGCCAUCGGAGCAGCUACGUCACGUCGCAAUUCGUAUGGUCAAUCAAGUGAGAUGCAAUACUGACUUCAGAGGAACCAUCACUGCAAACAUGAUGUGUGCCGGCUGGCCCGGUCGGGGCAUAUGCUUCGGUGACUCUGGCACAGGACUAGUGUUCAAUAACGUGGUCGUGGGCGUUAGCAGCCACAUUCAUUGGGAUGGAUGCAAUUCCAACUGGCCUGGCGUUUUCACUAGAAUUUCCCGAUAUACCGCCUGGAUCCGAAACCAUUCUUAA